AUGUUCUGGACGUCAGUCCUUGCGCUGCUUCCCACGGUGUGCGCGGGCUGCCGGCAGCGGCGGGAGCGGCGGGAGCACGGCCGCCUGCUGGAUGCUCCGGGCAGCGCCGCGCGGGGCGGGCGGCCAGAGACGCGAGGCAGAGGCGGCGUGGAAGGUUCGCGAAGGCCGUGCGGAGGCCGUUCUGUCGCGACCGGGCCGAGCGCGGCCCAGCCUGGCCCCGCUCCCGGCCCCGCCACCCCCUGCACCCCUGUCUCCGCCGCCUCGUCCGCCGCCGCCUCCGCCUGCGCAGGCCCCGGGCGGCCCCGCGGCCCCUCAGCUGUCGCCCGCCGCUCCCUACGGGCAGGUCCGCUUCCCGUCGCCGCCACCCGGCAUGACCCACCCGCGGGAGCCCCGCUCGGCCGCCCCCUCCGCCCUCCCCAGCCCGCGUGGGCUCCGCAGCAGCCGCGGCCCGAGGAGGGCACGGAGGGCGCGGGGCCGGGAGAUGCGCGGGGCCGGGCGGGCGCCGCACACAAGCCCCGGAGGGCAGACUUCCCGCGGGAGCGGAAGCCCAGCCGCUGGAACCAGGACUCCCUGGAGCAGAAGACAGUGAUCCCGGGGAUGCCCACGGUGAUCCCGUCCGGGCUGACGCACGAACAGGAGCGGGCCUACAUCGUGCACCUGCAGAUUGAAGACCUGACCCGCAAACUGUGCACGGGAGACCUGGGCAUCCUCCCUAACCCCGAGGACAGGUCCCCCUUCCCAGAGCCCAUCUACAACAGCGAGGGGAAGCGCCUGAACACGUGGGAGUUCCGUCGCAAGAAGCUGGAGGAGGAGAGGCACAACCUCAUCACCGAGAUGGUGGCCCUGAACCCCGACUUCAAGCCCCCAGCUGAUUACAAGCCAGUGGUGAUGCGGGUGAGUGACAAGGUGAUGAUCCCACAGUAUGAGUACCCCCAGAUCAACUUAGUGGGGCUCCUCAUUGGGCGCAGGGGUAACAUGCUGAAGAACAUGGAGAAGGAGCGCAACGCCAAGAUCAUGAUCAGGGGCAAGGGCUCAGUGAAGGAGGGCAAGGUGGGCUGCAAGGACAGGCAGAUGCUGCCAGGUGAGGAUAAGCCCCUGCAUGCCCUCAUCACCGCCAACACCAUGGAGAAUGUCAAGAAAGCCAUGGAGCAGAUCAGGAACAUCCUGAAGCAGGGCAUCAAGACCCCCGAAGACCAGAACAAUCUGUGCAAAAUGCAGCUGAGGGAGCUGGCAAGGCUCAGUGGGACCCUGCGGGAGGAUGACAUCCGCAUCCUGAGGCCAUGGCAGAGCACCGAGCCUCGCAGCAUCACCAACAGCACAGUGUGCACCAAGUGUGGUGGGUCUGGGCACGUCGCCUCCAGCUGCAAGGUUGUCAGGCCUGGGGACCUGCAGUUGGCACAGGACAAGGCACGGAUGGACAAGGAGUACCUGUCCCUGAUAGCCGAGCUGGGCGAGGCCCUGGCGUCUGUGAGCUCCAACGCUGCCCACAACAACAGCCCCUUGUCCAGCAGCCACUGUGCCCCAGCCAGGAUGGGGGAUGGUCCCCCAGCUGCCCCCCCCCGGAUGAGCUCGGCGCCCUUAGAGAACUGCCCCUACUACAGGCUACACGGGGGGCCUGGGGAUCCCCACAGCUUCCCCACCCCAGGGCGGGCAAAAUGUCUGGGCAUUUGUAUGAGCAUAAUACCUCUGUGUUCCGUUCAAGAUUCCAAAUGUCUGUCCCAAGGACAGUAAGAAUCAAUAUCCCUGUUUCACCACUGGAGUAACCUGCAUGCAUUUAAAAAAUAAAAAAAGAAAAAGAGUGACUAGCACCAAGUUAGUUAACAAACUGUUGGCAGAGUUGUGAAUAGAAUGAUGCAAGGCUUGUGAGCCUGGUCCUGCAUUAUAAUGGUUUUUGGUUGGACAAUGGGAGAUUCCACACAUCCUUUCAGUAGAUGCUUUUUUAAAAGCAUCUUUUUUCUCAGCCUUUGUCCAACCUCCAAAUGACAGAUGCAAAGAGAAAACUUUCUUAACUGUGCACAGCGGGGGAGAUUUGUAAAAGCUUGAUGGGCAAAAUUUUCAAAAGCACUUAAACCUACGUGAAAGGUAAUGAAAUUUAGGCUCCUACAUUGCUUAUGAGUGUACCACCUGGAAGUGGAGCCAGAGUUUGAAACUGCUGUCUGCAUUGAGAAAAGGACAUGAGGACCUGCUUUUCAAAGGCGCUUGGAGAGCUGCAGCUGCCACAAUCACAGCUCCAGGCAGAUUUUCAGAGCCCUAACAGCCAGUGUGCCGAGGUCUUUUGUAAGACACUGAUCAUGUUCUACAUAUCUAAAUGGACCACUUGGGAAAAUCUAAUGCAACAGGGGAUUCUCUGAGGUUCCAUGGGAGAUGAUCUGGUGAUGGGAGCCAGAGAAUGCUGGUGAGGUCACCAGCAGACCCUGAGGCUGGCCUAGCCAUCACCUUGGAGAGCAGGAGCGACCUGCUGCACCAGGGUGGGCAGCCCAUGCAGCAUCCCCCAGACCCGGCACGUCCAACAUGCAGGGACCAUGGUGGCGAUGGGAAAUCAUCUCCUUGGAGCAUGGCUGUUUGCCAGGGGUGUCAUGGUCCUUCGUAUCAACCUCUUCCCAUUUCAGAGGAGGUGGAUAAACUUGCAUCCAUGGUCAAGAGUCAGAAGAGUCUCUGUGCUCAGGGUUUUGCUUUUCCUGAUAACUGGAUUACUGGGGCUAGGAACCAGUGAACCAGGGAUUACUCACUGCUGAGCUUGUGAAGCACAACAUCCGCUGAUUUACCAAGUAUUCUCCUGCAAACUUCAUCUCCCAGAGGGAACAAGGCAGUGUAAGGCAUCCUGCCUAUAAUCUCCUCAAGCAAAUUCUUCAUUUUUAUUGCUGUCACCCCUACAUGCUCAAAUAGUGCUCUGUGUUCACCACUCCGUUUCAGUCACCAAAGUUAACAGAAACAGUUCACAAAAGAGUGAUUUUCUAACCCGUUUCGUUCCAGGGAUCAGAUUUAUAUCAGGGCUUUACAGACAGUAAAUUACAUAAACUUUUUAUUUUCUUGAGCAAGGAUUUUUACUCAUACCUGCAUGACUGGAGGUCAGAGGGGCUGAGGAAGAAACUGAAUAUAAUUCACAGUGUAAAAAUCCCCUGAGUAGACACGAUGUGCUGGUUUUCUUGCAUAUGUAAAAAUGGAAAUGAAGCAUUGUCAGGUUUCCUCCAUUCUGCAGCCUUGCUGACGCACAGCCUACAGUGCAAAUGAAGAUGCAGGCCAUACAAUGUGAAGUGCUCCCACUGUGCCUUUGAAAAUAGCUUGUUCAUUCUAAAUUAGGCAACUCUUUCAGUGUCUUUUUAGCUUCAAAAAUCCCUUUCUUAUUCCCAGCAUUUAAUCAUGACACACAGCCAUCAAAAACUGACACAGCUGGAAGGAAUGUCUGAACUGCCUAACACACUGGAAGGGUUUGAAGGAGACAUGCAGGUAUAUGUUUACAGGAAUCUUCUGCUUUAGAGUAAAAAAGCCAUAACAGCAUCUGAAAAUGCUGUAAGUGAGAAAGUAAAGGUUGCAUGGUGGGCCAGCAGGAGCAAGGAACCAGCCUGUACCUGGUAAAUGAGGAAUGAAAAGGGACUUGAGAAUGUAGAGAACUAUCUGUGUGAGCCACUUUCAAGGAGGGCACAUUUGAAACAUGCUCAGAGUGUUGUUGUGAGCCCAGUGCAAGGAAAAGGAUCUUGGCAACCCUUCAAGAAGUAACAAUGCAUUUUUUUGAGAGCAAAGAAGGCUGUAACAGGCAAGAUAUGGGCAAGAAAUCUUAAGAGGUAGGAAAAGUUUUAUUUGACAUACUUUAUAAGACACACUCCUCUCCACACCCACACCCUGCAAGGCAGAAAGACCUGGGAUGCAGGGAGAGCAAUAAGUAGGAAGCAGGACUGAGUGAAAAACAGUCAAGACAAGUGCUGCCACCUUGGUGCAGAGAAAACAUUAACAUCUCUUUUAACCAUGCAAAGCUCAUGUUGGCAGCAAAUAAUUCCCAAGGAAAUGUUACAGGAUGAGAUUCCCAUCUUGAUAGAUGGAGGCAAAGUCAUUGAAGGAAAAUUCUCUGCAUGGAAAGAAGACAUAAAUUUGUGGAUAAGGACAGCUCAGAGAGGCAAGGAAGGAUACAAAGGAAAGAUCAUCCCACAAACAGCUGAGGGAAGACAAAAAGAAACCAUCAAAGAUUCUGCAGAAGGGAAAAAGCAUGCAGAAAAAGAGAUGGCAGAUGAGAAAAGCAGAGGAAGCCAAGAUUUUGGAUUUGUAUUUGAUGUAUAAUCAAAUACAUCAUACUAAGUAGCAUGUCCAAAUCAGGUGAAGCUAGUAGCACAGUUUGGGCUAGAAGAAUCUUAAAGAAUUAUAGACUUUUGUGCAUGAAACUUCAGUGCAGUGGAAGGGAUGAAGCCAGAUUAAAAGUUGGGGCUGGAGCUGUAAAAGAAGAUGCUCUUUUUCCAUGCAUCUGUUUUCCAAGAUAAAGGGGGAUUAAAAGGAUCUGAGUGCAGGAAGGUUGGGGACAGCAGCAUUAGAAGGGCAUGAAAAGUGCACAUAACUCAUGCCUGUCCUGAGUUUGCUUAUUCUUCCUGAAGGGCACCUUAAGCUGGGCACUUUAUAGCAGGGCACUUUGGUCAAACACUCCUGGAAAGCUCUCCUGCUCUUGGCCAUCAGCAGAGCCAGAAUUUUCGUGCAGUUGCUGGCCCUUAGCAGGGAUGUGGAAGCAUUUCUCUGGUAAGACUGCUGAGCAGAGCUGAGCAUUGAGUGGCAUACACAUUGCAAAACAGGUAAUGAAACACCACCCUCAGUGUUACCAGUUCUUCCUACUAACGCCUUUUUUUCAGCACCUAUUGCCAGACAGCACUGAACUGCACUGGGACCAUUAGGAGGUACCUCAGACUUUAUUUGGUUGGUGAAAUCGGGGCAGAGUCAGUCUGAGAGUUUCUUCAAACACUAACUCUGGCAAGGCCGGGCAGGAAUCCUGAAGGCCAAAAGGUCUGUGUUGACACUUAGAAUUGUGAGCAUCAGCCCUGUGUCCAUCAGCAUUUCAGGUGUGUCAGUUCGCAGGAAAUAUAGGUGCUGAUUUAACAAGACUAAAUCUUUGUUCCUGACCCCUGGCUUGCCAGAAGUAUCAUUUAGGAUGUGCCUGCCCUUCCUUGGGCUGAGCAGUGCUGGUGGAUUCACGCCCAGUUUCACUCCCUUCCUUCCCUCCAUCAUCCCAGUAUCUUCCUUGGGCUCCUGGGGUAGGAACAUUUUUUUCUUUCUAUGUUGUCACUGGCAAGCAGCUGGUGGAAUAAAUCAUUGCUGAAUGCAUGGUGUUCUUUU